AUGUGUACCCUCACCUAUGGACCACGUGGAUCCUACGUGGCAAUACAAAUCGCUUGUGAAAACCCCUUGGAACCAAUGAUCGGAAAGGGAGGAGAAAGUGAAGGUGAGAAAAUGGAGGAACAUAAAGAGUCUGUGGUGCUAAUGUGGGGAUAUUUACAUGGAGUUUCGUCGCAGCGAUCGCCGAUACUUUCUCCGGUGAAGGUUCGGUUGCCGGAGACAGGUGUUUCCGGAGAUUCGUGGAAGGACGUUUGCGGUGGCGGUUGUGGAUUCGCUAUGGCGAUUUCAGGUGAUUCUUUUAUAUCUGCCUUUCUACCUCUCCGAUAUGUGGUUUGUUCUUUCUACGUGAUUUCGAGCUUGAUCUGUCCACGUUAA